GGAGGCCGUCGCUCGGGGUCCCAGAGCCAGUGGCCUGCGCACAUUUGGGGCAACACCGGGCGCGACUCGACGUGGCCCCUGUUGGCCUCCUCUGCCCUCCUUCCUCCCCCGGGAACCGCCUCGUAUCUCCGCCAUGGCAUCCACCUCGACCAACCUCCAGAAGGCAAUAGAUCUUGCUAGCAAAGCAGCCCAGGAAGACAAAGCUGGGAACUAUGAGGAAGCCCUUCAGCUCUACCAACAUGCUGUGCAGUAUUUUCUCCACGUAGUUAAAUAUGAAGCACAGGGUGAUAAAGCCAAGCAGAGUAUCAGGGCAAAGUGUACAGAAUAUCUUGAUAGAGCAGAAAAACUAAAGGAGUACCUGAAAAAGAAAGAGAAAAAACCACAGAAGCCAGUGAAAGAGGGACAGCCGAGUCCAGCUGAUGAGAAGGGGAAUGACAGUGAUGGGGAAGGAGAAUCUGAUGAUCCUGAAAAAAAGAAACUACAGAAUCAACUUCAAGGUGCCAUUGUUAUAGAGCGACCAAAUGUGAAAUGGAACGAUGUUGCUGGUCUUGAAGGAGCCAAAGAAGCUCUUAAAGAGGCUGUGAUAUUGCCUAUUAAAUUUCCUCAUCUUUUUACAGGCAAGAGGACGCCUUGGAGGGGAAUCCUGUUAUUUGGGCCACCUGGAACAGGAAAGUCCUAUUUAGCCAAAGCUGUAGCAACGGAAGCAAACAACUCAACCUUUUUUUCAAUAUCUUCCUCUGACCUUGUUUCUAAGUGGCUAGGCGAAAGCGAAAAGCUAGUUAAGAAUUUAUUCCAACUUGCCAGAGAGAAUAAACCUUCCAUUAUCUUCAUUGAUGAAAUUGAUUCUCUGUGUGGUUCAAGAAGUGAAAAUGAAAGUGAAGCUGCACGUAGAAUUAAGACAGAGUUCCUAGUUCAAAUGCAAGGCGUUGGUGUGGACAAUGAUGGAAUUUUGGUUCUGGGAGCUACAAAUAUACCCUGGGUUCUGGAUUCUGCCAUUAGAAGAAGAUUUGAAAAACGAAUUUAUAUUCCUUUGCCUGAGGCCCAUGCUCGAGCAGCAAUGUUUAAACUGCACUUGGGGACCACUCAGAACAGUCUAACAGAAGCAGACUUCCGAGAAUUGGGGAUGAAAACUGAGGGUUAUUCAGGGGCAGACAUAAGUAUCAUUGUGCGCGAUGCACUUAUGCAGCCUGUUCGAAAAGUGCAGUCAGCUACUCAUUUUAAAAAGGUUCGAGGACCUUCACGAGCUGAUCCUAACAACAUAGUAGAUGAUCUGCUAAUGCCCUGCUCUCCAGGCGACCCUGGUGCCAUUGAAAUGACAUGGAUGGAUGUCCCUGGGGAUAAACUUUUGGAGCCAGUUGUUUGCAUGUCGGAUAUGUUACGGUCACUGUCUAGCACGAAGCCCACAGUCAAUGAACAUGACUUGUUGAAAUUAAAGAAGUUUACAGAAGAUUUUGGCCAAGAAGGCUAAACCAAAGACAGCGAGGAAGACAUUUGCCACGUGUGUUGUUUCUUUCAUGAAUGUUUUUGCCUUUCUUGGCUGGCAUUCAGAUUAUUUCCAGUAAAACUCUUUUACCACAGGGAAACAUAGAUCCCACUCAGUGUUCCUUCAAGUUUUAUAUGUACUUUUGCUCCAUUACCAAUUAAAUGCUCCUAUUAACAAAAAUUAUAAAAUAAUGGGUUAUAAAGAAAUGAGUGGUAAGUGAAUGGGGAAAAAUAGAAAUUACUCAGUAAAAAAGGAUUAAAAUUGAGAGACGAAUGUUUAAAGUUGUUAUGAAUAGUAGUCUUUGCAAAGAGCAUUUAUCUUUUUUGUUUUACUAAAAUGAAAUAGGGCUUAUUUCAUAUUUUGGAAAAAUUCUUAGGCAUCAUUCUCAUCAAUGUAAAAUUUAUUUACUUUAUUAAAAAAAUUAAAAUAACAGAAUCUUCACUCUCAGGGAUGGGCAAUAGAACAGCAAAGAGCACUGUGAUUGAGCUUGAAAGGUUCUGAAUUAUGUUCUAGUCAAGGCUCUUAAUUGUGUAGAUUUAAGUGAUUUCUUUAAAAGCAGCAAGCUUUUGUAUUUAACUAAAUAAUACCUUUCACUGUGCAAUCUCAAGAGAAAGACUUCCUAAAUUAUGCAUUGUCUUUAUCUUGAAGAAGAAAAUUGUCUCUUUCGAUGUCUUUUUGUAGCAAGAUCGACCAAAACAGGUGGUAAAUAAACACGUACUUUUUAAAUAACUCUGUCAUGAAAUACUGUAAUGGGAACCUUCGUUAAAAGGACUGGCCUCCGUUUGGAUUAGGGGAAGUUUCUUGUGUGUGAUGGGGGGGUGUACAUAUAUAUAUAUAUAAUUUUUUUUUAAUAUAGAAUAGCAAGGGUCUUGUCUUUUACCUUUUAAGUUCAGGGAACCGUUUGUCCUGACCACAUAUAUGUUAUCAGUGUAAUACUUCAUGAAGCUUUAGAAAGGAGCUGAUGUCUCAUUAAAUAAUAAAAUACAAACAUGCUGUGUUAUUUUAAUAUCUUCAAGUAGAUCAUCUGAGGGUGUGUGUUGCACACUUCAGCAUCAACACUAAGUUGUGCCUUGCACACUUGCAUUGGCUACGCGUGCAAAGGAUUAUUAAGGUAGCUAGAAUGAGGUAGGUCCCUUAAUUACUAUAAAGUUCUACCUUGCACAUGCUAUAGAGUAACUUGCAUUUUAAAAUAUAUUUGCACAUUUUACAUAUUAUGCUAUAUGGUUGCCUUUGGGUUUUCUGUACAGAUUGUUUUUGUUGAUAUUAAAUGGAAAUCUAGGCCUGAAAUAUGCUGUUCUUGUGUGAAGUAAAUUGAUAUAACCUACUAGUGGCUGUAUUCUGUGUACGCUUCUUUAUUUUGGAUCUUCUGUAUAGGAGAAAAUAUUAUCUAAAUUGAUUAGAUACAAAGAAAUCAUUAAAAUUAUUAAUUAAGAAUGUUUACAUGAAAAUUCUAUUAUUCAGCAACUUUUAUGCGAGGGUUGGAAGUUAACUUGGCAGACCAACACUGAAUUCUUUGUGGAUGUCUUAUAAUUUACAUACUUUAUAAGCCUCAGAAUUGUAUGGUAUUGCUAUUAAUUAUGUCAUUAGGAGAAUUGAUGUAAUUAUAUUAUUUUAAUUAUAUAAUAGUUGAAAUCCAGAAUUUUUUGUGAACCCAGAAUUUGUUUUGAGGAAGAAUUUUACUUAAAUUGAUAGAUACAUGACCACAUAGUGUAUGAGUAUAGUGUUGAUGAUAAGUGGAUACUCUAUCAGACUGAAUUCUUACAUGUGCUUUGAAAACUAUGGCCUCAGUAUCCACAUCACUUCUAGUCAUAACUUCAUUCUCUACGUUUCUGGAGUCUGAUAAUUUUAGACUUACUCUAGAAUGGUAGAGCAUAGGCCAUUUCCAUGUGUUCUUUAGGGACAGAUAAAUACUUAGAGGAAACUAAAUGUUCAGGCCCUGUUUGUGCCUUGACAAUUAUGAAAUUUUGGUUAGAUGUUUUCUGAGCAUCUAGAUCAAUGAGCUAUACCCUGAAUGUUUACAAACAGUUUUUGUCUUGGCCUGAAAACUCUCUAGGGACCUUAAUUAUAAAGUAUUUCAAUAGAAAAUUGACUUUUGAGUUCACUGUCAUCUACAUGCAGAAAAACAUAAUGAGUGUAUUUGAUUAUUAAUGUGGAGUACCAUUUAGGCACUUGCCACUUGCAUAGUUAAGAAAUUGAGGCAUACCUCCCUAACGCCACUGCCAUAAAUGUUGCUUGACGCUGUUGCAGAUGAAGCGACAUGGAGUGCCCAUCGUGGACACUGAUGUUAUCUCAACUUUCUGAGCCCUGUGCUUUCCUCCCUCCGUACCUUCAUUUACAGCAUUCUGUUACUCUGAUACAGUGUCCUUUCUUCUUCUCUCUGCUACUCCAAGACCCCUCAUUUCCAUUAAGACGUAACUCAUGAUCUGUAUAAUCUCUUGAGGAAGAAUUCCUAAACUUUCCCCAUCCUACCUUGGAUUUCUUUAGCACUAAAUUGCCACUACUAUCUUAAGAUUUUUCUCCAAGCUUCAACCACGUUCUGUUAAUCUUGUUUAGAUCAUUUAGAUUGUAAGCUCUUCAAAGAGUUACAUUUUCCCUUGCAAUUAGCAUAGUGCUAGACACUAUUUAUUAAGUAGUAAUGAGGGCUUGAAAAAAUAAGGGAGUUGUAUCCUUAUUUUUAUCUGCUUUCUGGAUUAUCUGUGAGACUUUUUAUAAAAUAGAUAAUUUGAAGUGACUUUGUUCUUCCUGGUCUAAUGAAGGUGUGAUAAAUUUCAGUCUUGGUUAUUGGGGACUAAAAUCAGAGGUGUGCCAAAGCCGGCUCACACUGGCUCACAAGAACCAGUUGUGCACAUCUCUUCUCACCUGUUAGUUCAGUGCCCUCAUAUUGGUAGCUUGAAAUCUGCCACAGUGGGACCACACUACAGAACUCAGCAGGUUUCAGUGAACACGGUGUCGUGCAAAGCGAGGACCGUCUGUAGUUUAAAAUUGAAAAGUUAGUAGUAUUGCCACAUUUACAGAAAUAGAAAGGGGCAUAAAAAGCAUUUGGUAAAA